AUGUCCUCUGUAGCGAUUCCCUCGAGCUGCGCGUGGUGGGCGUUUGCAUCCAUAUCUUCCGCAGGAGGGGAUAAGAGCAAGCGGAGCACCAGCAGCAGCGGCGGCGGCGGCGGCGGCGGCGGCGCGAGUGCAAGUUCGCUGCGGCGAGGAGAGUUCUUCGUAGAGCCGGAGUGGCAGCGAGCUGCGGGCAGAUGGACGAGGUUCGAGGAAGGCCUCCUCAGGGAGAUGAAGGCCGAGCUGCAAGGCGACCUCAGGGCGGCGCCGCCGUUUCCGGAGGUCGUCGGUACUAGACGCAUGCUUCGAUUUCUGAGGGGGCACGACCACGACGCGGCCAAGGCCGCGGUAAUGAUGCGGCGGAUGCUGCAGUGGCGCAAGGACAACGGCGUCGACGACAUCCGCGAGGACAUCAUGCAGAACAAGAAGUUCGACCCCAGCCUGUUUCCAGAAGGCGAGAUGAUCACGAAGCUGUUCCCGCUGCUCGUGGCGAGCCCGCUGUGCGUCGAUAUGGACGGAGCUCCGAUCUCGUACGAGUCUUACGAGUUCAGCCCGAGGCAGGUGACCGCGCACGCGAACGGCGACCUCGGUUUCUUCAUCAAGUUUCACAUCUACUGCCAGGAGUUCAAGCAGAUAUGCCUGGACAGCCUGUCAGACGCCAAGGAGAUGGAGAACCUCGCGAGGAGGGCCAAGCGUGCCUCGUCGCCCUCGCCGCCGCCGACAGAGUCGACGGCGACCGACCCUCGUGUCCCCGCCACCGGUGGCAGCGGCGGCGGCGGCGGCGGUGGCGGCGGUGGCGGCGGAACCACGGGCGGAGGAGGGCGGGACACGGGGGCGGGUAGAGGUAUGCGGGGGAGAGCUAGCACCAUCGGCGGAGGAGGCCUUCCGCUACCCGAAAGCGAAGACAAGGGGGGCACGGUUCCGCCAAAGUUGGAGGGGCGAGGCGUGGAGAGUGAGGAGGAGGGGAAGGGGCCGUGGGGGGUCGUGCUUCGAAACACGAUCAUUAGGGACCUGUCGGGGUUCGGCAUGGAGCACGCCGGGACGAUCGGGAGGUCCCUCAUCUCGCAGGUGUUGGCCGUCAGCCAGGACAAUUAUCCGGAAAUGAUGGAGAAGUGCUACAUCAUCAACGCGCCCUGGGUGUUCUACGCGUUGUGGAAGGGACUGCAGCCGUUGAUGUCGGCGGGCACAGCAAAGAAAGUGCAGAUGCUCAAGUACGACGUCCUUUCUUGUCUGAGCGAGACGAUAUCGUUGGAGCGACUGCCGACGAGCGCGGGGGGAGCGUGCGACCCCGACAUGGCGACCACGGAGCAAAUGCACGAUUUCGUCGUGUGCGGCCGAGUGGCGAAGCUUCCUGGGGGGGACGGGGCGGCGUCAUCUGAGGGGGGGAGCGGGGCGAGCGUGGAUGACUCCGAGCAAGAAGAGGAGGAGGAGGAAGGCGACCGGCUGUUUGGAGAGCAGCGGCGCCGGGGGAAGGGAGCAGCGGGAGGUCUUGCGGGUGGUGGGGGUGGUGGAAGGAGUAGCCGUCGUGGGAGCACCCGGCGGAACAGCGGCAGCAGCGGCGCCGGGGACCGCACCGCCGCCGCCGGUAGCGGCAAGAACCACAUCACCUUCAGGAGCCUGUUCGAGCGACUGCAGGCUAGGGACGAUCCCCGCGAGCUCACCGCCGCCGCUGCUACCGCCGGUGGUCCCCAGCGGCGGCGACUGGGGUCCUCGCCGUCCAUCUCUCGAGCCACGUCGUUCCACAGCCACGCCUCGUCGUUCUAUUCCCCGCCCCUGUCGAGGCACGGCAGCAACGCCAGCGCCUCAGGCCACGGCGACGGCGGGGGCAGCCGGCGUCAAGACCCGCGGCUGUCGCCGGGAAGGCCGUUCGCCUCGCCGGGGCCCCGGGGUAUCCGACGGUCCAACACGGGGGGGGUAGAGGUCGGGGCCGGCGGGGGGGGUGACGUGGCCAACGGCAGCGACCCCGGCAGGCCCACCGGGGGCGCCGGCGCAGCCGGAGAAGGCCAGGCGGAGGACUUCGACAGCCGGCUGGUGGGCCGUGCGCUUAAGCUGUCCAUGAAGCGAAAGGCUCGGCGGUUCAAGGCCUCACAGGCUGCGGCGGGCGGAGGGGGAGCAGCAGCGGCGCGCAGCAGCGACGGCGGCGGCGGCGGCGGCGGCGGAACCGACGACAGGAGCAUCAGCCCCCUGCCCGGCGAGCGAUCGUCAGAGGAGCACGAGAAGGGCGGGUGGGCGAAGAAGAAGUGGCGGGCGGUUACGUGCCUUCUUACACCCGCGGUGCAGAAAUGA